AUAGGUGGCGCUGGUGCCCUGUUCUACGCUUCUAUCUUAGUCCAUCGCAAAUUUCGGCAGUCGGCAGCUAUUUUUAUUAUUAGCAUCUUAUGAUAGUGUGGACCUCUUUUCCAAACUUGACAAGUUUGGUGGAGUUGAUUUCCCCCGUUGACAAAAGAAAAUGCGCUUCCUCCUGACAACACUAAAGGUUGUGUAUGUGAUUUCCACCGCUCGUCCACCGGAGGCCAAUGAAAGCGAAGAGGAACCACUGGAAAGCAUAAGGGCAAGGAUGAAAUGGGACAAUGAUAACUAAUCUGCCGAGGCCAUAUAUUGAAUGGAAUGUCGGUUGCUUUCUUCGAUAUUUAUCAACAUGUGGAGACCACUAAGAAACUGCGGGAUUCUCUGGAGAACAAGUACAUGUCUGAAGAUAUGCAUCUACUGGAAUUUUGUUCCCCUUCCCCCGUGUCUGCGAUGGUUCUGUGUGGCCCACUCCUUCAUGGCAGCAACCCAGAAUGAAAUGAUGCCUCUUCAACCUAUUCGGCAACGUCUUGCUGACAAAGUGUUCAAAGUACAACUAAAGAAAUCAUUUUCCAGGACAUCGGAUGAAACACCAGCAAAGUUGUUCAUUCUGUCGUAUGUUGAAAAGCAAGAUACUCUCCAAUUGCCAGCACCAACAACUUUGACAAAUGCUGGAGAAAGCAGCAAAAGAGAGCUUGGCAAUCUGUCAUCCCCGCAGGAACAAAAAGAACUGAUCACGGAAGCUACAUCAUCUAGCAAAAGACAACAGACUGAGUGGAAAACUCCAACUAGAAAAAAUUCUUCUUCUAGCAGAAAGCAAAAUAUUGAGCCAGUCACUCCGGCAAUGAAAAAGUGAAGGUUAGUAAACUAUCUUGAAUACGUCGUAUACUGAAAAAUAGGUUGAGUGCAUAGACAAUAAAAACUACAACUGAUGAACUAUUAAAAUUCCUACCGCUAGAAUUAAGUGGAUUAUUCCUCAUUUAUAUAUCGAAAUUUAGAAGA